AUGGCUGGCCGACCAACUACAGCCCGAAGCGAAAUUUCCUCAGCCAUUUCUGAGGAUGGUUAUAUUUCCAGACCUCAGUCCGGUGUAACACCUCUACCUGCUUUGCCAAACCCUCCCGCAUCGCAGCAUGGAUACGCUCACUUGAGGGGAGUCACACAGCCCACAAACCGAUCCAUGAGGAGCAACCCUGCAACCGACAGCAACGCCGGCUCAAGCCGUCCGCAAAGCCCUAUUAGCCAGGCCAGCCGCACACAUGUACCUUCCUUGACGGCCUCGGGCUUCUUCAAGCCCAUGAGUUCCCAACGGUUGCAAGCGCAGAGACUAAGGAGACCUCUCGGUGGAAAGCCUGUUCAGGCGCCAACAACCAUACCGGAUGGAGAGGACGAUGAGGACGAUACACGCAGUUUAGCGUCCAGCAGACAAGGACCUUUUUCUGCAAUGCCUAGAAGCCAUCGGCAUAUCCCGUCUAUUGCCACCAGCUACUCUCAAUCAGAAGCGCCCGAUACGGUUGACGUGCACUUUGCGGACUUCGGCUCUCAAAACGAGGGCGAUAGUCGACUUGUGGCGUCUGCAUCUCCGCGAGAGCCUCAGAAACCACACCGUCCUUCUCGGCUCAAUAUCUCCAGCACGCAAAAAGCGGGCGAUCCACCCCAAAAGUCACCGCUGUCAUUUCGAUCUGGCCUGAGUCUUGGUAGUAAACACCGACUAGAAGCCGGGCACCAGCAACUCCCAUCAACCACCACAUCACCACAAUUCCCGCCCAGCUCAAAUACCCCGGUCGCGGUCAAAAGUGCUCUCGGUAAGAACUAUGAGUACUUUGAAGGCAACACAAUAUUCUGGUGGGGUGGUCGCCUGCAAAAUGCUCGAGACCGGCCAAUCAAUGUGGCAACAGGUAUCGUUCUGAUUGUUCCUGCAAUCUUGUUUUUCGUAUUUUCUGCUCCGUGGUUAUGGCAUCACGUUUCUCCGGCGAUCCCCAUAGUGUUUGCUUACCUUUUUUUUAUAUGUUUCUCUUCUUUUGUUCAUGCAUCCGUCGUUGACCCAGGGAUUUUCCCACGGAAUAUUCAUCCAUUUCCCCCUCAGGUUAAUGCAGAUCCUCUCGCGCUAGGUCCCCCGACCAAUGACUGGGUUAUGGUUCGACUAGCGACAUCGCAGACGGCUGCGAUGGAUGUUCCAGUCAAAUACUGCAAAACCUGCAACAUCUGGCGUCCGCCUCGAUGUUAUCAUUGUCGAGUCUGUGACAAUUGCGUCGAAACCCUGGACCAUCACUGUGUUUGGGUGAACAACUGUAUUGGGAGGCGCAACUAUCGCUAUUUCUUUACUUUUGUCAGCACUGGCACUCUCAUGGGCCUCUUUUUGGCGUUUGCUUGUCUCGGCCAUAUCCUUGCUUACCGCGACCAAGAGCUUGUUUCGUUCGGCACGGCAACAAACAAGAAUCGAGUCGUAUUCGCGAUGUUUAUAUACGGACUUUUAGGGUUUCUUUAUCCGUUCUCGUUGACGAUGUAUCAUUUAUUACUUAUGGGGAAGGGCGAAACGACCCGAGAAUACCUUGCGUCUCGAAGGUUUCCCAAGUCUGAACGGCAUCGCCCUUUCACUCAGGGCAAUUUUAUUAAAAACUGGAUUACUGUUUUGGGUCGGGCAAGACCACCGACGUAUCUUCAUUUCAAAAAGAAAUACGAGCAGGGUGAUAGGCGUUUUGGGUCCAAGAGAGGCCAGAGACAGGCCAAGCUCAAUGUUGAAGCACAGGGUGGGGGAAUGGAGAUGAAGCCAGUGCAAGGAACAACGAAAUCAUUUGAAGGUCCCACGGGUAAGAAGUUCCCCAAGUUAGAGCCGAACUGA